AUGACGUCUUACGAGCCCAAGCACAACCGCACGCGCGAAAGCAUCUCGAGCUUCACAGCAGAUCGGGACGUCGAGAAAGAGCAAGAGCGAGGGUCAUACAAUCUUGAGCCUGCUCCCGAUGGCGGACUCAAAGCGUGGACUCAGGUCGCCAUGGCGCAUUUGACAAUCUUCAGCACCUGGGGAUGGGUCACGAGCUACGGAGUAUUCCAGGAGUACUACAGGACCUCGUUAGGCCUUGAUCCCUCGGCCAUCUCUUGGAUUGGCAGCGUCCAGAUCUUCCUACUCUUCUUCUUGGGCACGUUUAGCGGUCGCGCUCUGGAUGCUGGCCUGUUUCGUCACGUCUACUUCGCCGGCACAGUAUUCCAAUUAUUAGGCGUCUUUUCAAUGUCAGCCGCAACAAACUACUGGCAGUUAUUCUUGUCCCAAGGACUUUGUAUCGGCAUCGCUGGUGGACUGCAGUUCUGCCCUGCCAUGUCUUUGAUCAGCACCUACUUUGUCAAGAAGCGCUCGUUCGCCAUCGGCUUUGUCACAAUAGGAUCUUGCACUGGAGGUGUCGUGUUUCCGAUCGUCGUUCAACAGCUUCUACCGCGCAUUGGCUUCCCUUGGACCAUUAGAGUUUGCGGCUUCCUCAUGCUAUUCACCAAUAUUCUUACCAACCUCGUCUAUCGCACACGCCUGCCACCGCGCAAGGCAGGACCUAUCGUAGAGUGGAGCUCCUUCAGAGAACUCCCUUACGUGCUUUACUGCGCGGGCAUGUUCUUCAACUUUUGGGGCUUGUAUUUCGCUUUCUUCUACGUCGGCAGCUACGGUCGCAACAUUAUUGGCAUGAGUUAUCAUGAUUCUGUUGAUCUUCUACUGACUAUGGUCGCUGUCGGUUUCCUCUGGCGCUUAUUGCCAAACUAUUUCGCUGAUCGCAUGGGUGCUGUCAAUGUUAUGUUGCCAUUCACACUGCUCUGCGCGAUCAUGAUGUAUGCAUGGAUAGGCGUUCACUCCAAAGCAUCUCUCUUCGUCUUUGCUGCCAUCUACGGCUCUGGAUCAGCUGGUCUCCAGUCUAUGUUCCCGGCCGGCCUGUCGAGUCUUACCACAGACAUGAAGAAAACUGGUGUUAGAAUGGGGAUGGGCUUUACAAUCGUCAGCUUUGCCUGCUUGACCGGACCUCCCUUGGCCGGCGCUUUGAUAUCGAACAACGAUGGUAACUACCUGCCUGCGCAGAUCUGGGGUGGAACAUCGUUCCUCCUGGGCGCGUCACUUCUGACAGCUGCGCGAACGGCCAAGGUAGGAUUCCAUCUUAAGCAGAAAGUGUAA